AGGAGGAUUAGAUAUGUGGGAAGUGGGAACAUUCGAGAGGGCCGUUGAGGAGGCGGAGGCAUGGCCGCUCCAUCGGCUCCUCGUCCUCGUCGCGAGCACGGGGAGGAGGGGGAGACGGAUCGGCCGAGGUUCUUCGAUGCCAAGGCCAGGGAUCUGUGCUGGAAGAAGGCGGAGGUGGUGCCCGGCCGCCACCCCGAGCGGUGGCGCAAGGAUGCCGCCGGCAACGUCGUCUGCAAGCGCUUCUGGCACUGCCAAGGCUGCCUCUGCUACGAAUACGACCACAUCAUCCCCUUCUCCAAAGGUGGGGAGUCAACUGCAGAGAACUGCCAAAUUCUACAGACGAGGGUGAACAGGUUGAAAUCAGACAAGCAGUGGGUGGACAAAGCUGAACUGGAAGGCUUCUCAUGUGACAUCAAGUUCACAGGGACAAUGGGAGGCUUCGGGGAGGUUGACCUUUGCGGACGGACGCGCGAGGGUGCCGCACGACUUAGGCAAAACCAGCUAAGUCCGUGUCAUAUGGUAUCAGAGCGGGACAAGCACUCAUAGAAACACUUGACAUGCAAACGUGGGGGACCUAGCGGGGCUGCGUUGAGGGCAAUCAGCACACGCGCGACCGUUUGAGGGAAAACGGGCAUGGAGAUGUAGGGAAAAGAGUCGCUCAAAGGAGCGAGCAUCUGAGAUUGGCAUUCAGAGGAAUGGCCAACCCUUCGCGCAAGAGGCACCACGAGAACAGGCAAGCUUGGAAGAAUUUGGAGCGCACAAAGGUUGGUAUGGCUGAGUUUGAGCUACGGCUCAACGUUGACAACUAUACUUGAUGGUGCUCUAGGCAAGCGAGGCGCUUGGCAAGAAUAAGACCAUCCAAGGUGGAAUGAGUUGCUCAACGACCAAAAGAGUUAUGCAAAGCUCACAGAGGUGAGGGGAAUUGCUAACUCGAAGAAUUUGGUACUCAUGCAUGGGCUUGUAUGUGGACGAUGGAAUGUUCGUGGCCAUCCCAAGGCGACCGAGACUCGGUGCCAUGGAGCAUUGAAACUUUCUCUUCGGCAUGUGAAGGAUACGUCCGUAGGAGGCUGAAGUGUGCAAUGAGUUCAGCAUGUUGCUAGGCCUUGAGGGGUGCCGCGGGGGCUGUAUGGACGUGGAGUCGCAAUCUAGCAAGUGCGUUUGCAGGAGGCAGAACAAUGCACAGUUUAUUCAGCAGAUCGGAGUAGUCCAAGGGGAUGGUGGUCUCCGAAACGAAGAGAGAUGUUGCUCCAACGGGGUAGUUAUCCAGGAGGGAUAAGUCCCGACUCUCUAGAGGGAGAAUCAUGUGAGACGAACCUCACAUGUUGAGGAGGAGUACCUCAACAAACAACAACUCCACGAAGCUCGGUGGACUGAGCAAGCGGCGAGGAGUUGUCGCAUGAUCUCGUCGAGAGAAUGCAUUGGUGGAUGCAUUGCGAGAUCAAGUGGGGGAGCGACCUAAAACAACUUAAAUGAAGGCACAUUUGGAGUCGAUGUGGAGAUCGAACUCAAGGGAGGGUUGACUCGUGGAAUGGUGGGCGCGAGGGCCACCAUCGACUCAAUGCAAAAACGAGGAGCGGAGCAACUUGGGUGUAACUUGGCGAAGUACCCAAGCCGCAUGAAGGGAGCCAGCAUAGAAGUUGGAACAUGGAGCAGAGGCACAGUGCUUUCCUUAGACAGAGGUCAAGGACAUGAACUCUUGCAGAGGCAAGAGUAGGAUCAUGUUGUUCCAUGGGUCCUUCUUUCUGACGGAGCGGACUCAUCUUGCAUGGUGCCAAAGAUGAAGGGAGCUUCGCGGCACAUGCACCUUAACUCGGAGAAGCAUUUGAUGGAGGAACUAAGGCGACUCAAUUUACGGAGGCGAAGUUGGGUUCAGAAGGGCCUUAGCACGGGGCAAGAGGACGCAGAGGCGGGUACUCUUGAAGAAUAUGCCACAGUGUUGCCAUUCGAGUUGCUAUGAAGGAAGCGGUGCGCAGUGAAGAUUGUGCUGGUAGGGGCAGAGGCCCAGGAUCCAAACAAUGGUGCACAAAUUAUAGUGAAGUUGGUGGACUUCGGGAGCUACUAGGCGACGGACUGUCCUAGAGCGGUGCUUCAUCUAGGUGUGACCCAAGAGUGGGUGGAUGAAGGUCGAUUGCCAAAGGAGCGAACAAAAUCGAAGGUGGAGGAGACCCUACGAUGUAUUGGCAGAUGCCACACAUGGAGGGUUCACAAUUCGAGUUUAUUCCACAAGGAUCAGAAUGCAAUGGAGAUGUCACCAGGAGGCGACAUGGUGCAGCGGAUCGUGGUGGAACAGUUCGUGGCAAUGCGAUACACACGACUGAGUCCCGUGAGGGAUGAGAUCAUAUGGAGGUAUGAUCGGGAGCUACUGGGAGCUCCGCUUUGGUGAACAACAUGACGACAAGAAGGGCUAUGGAUUCAAAGAGUGAAGGCCAUGGUACCGCAGAGGCGGGUCUUCCGGGCGUGCACCGAAUUUUGCAUCGGAUGAAAACCUUGGUCAUCAGCAUAUGGGGGCUGGGUUCCACCAAGGGAAAAGUUCGAAUGCAAGUACCGGUGAGUUCCAUGGGUGGGACUUGAUCAUGCAGAGGUAUGAUCGAAGCAGCUGGAGAGUUGGACUGCUCCAGAGCUCAUAUUCGCUUAAGGGAGCCCGACAAGUCAGCGGACAAGGUCGAGUAAGCGAACGUUGCUACCAAGGAAGCUAAGGAGAACAGAAUUGGUGCAAACCCUACAACGCGAUGGCAGAGGUCAUGCAUGGGAGUUGCAGUCUGUCUUUCCAUCGACCAAACAGACUGCUUGGAGAACACAGAGGUGUUGAAGCAGGGGGUCGAAAGGGGCGAGGAAGCGACGAUGAGUCCAGAGGGACUUAGCUACCCAAAAUCAAGCAUCAGUUAGAAUGGAGGUGGACUCAGAGGAGUGCCACGGAAACAUAUCUACUGAUCGUGAAGAAAAGGGAUGCAGAUGCGAGGCGACGGAUAGUAGUGCCAUGGGCAUGGCAGCGCCAUGGUACCGCAGAGGCGAGACUUCCGUAAAAGUCAUUGAUCCCUUGCUCUCAUGGAGGGAGAGCGCUUGGUCGUGAAAGGGGCCGAGGAGGUGGAGUAUGCAGAGGCAAUCUCCAAGUACCGAGACAAGGCUGAAGGGCAGAGGCCAAGAAACUUCGUAAGACCGGUGUCAACAAGUUUCUCAUCAAGAUAGCCGUAAGUGAAGGACUUCGGGUCAUGCAAGAGUGCACGACCAAGGAACGAAGCAAGCAGUACGCGGUGCUGUACCUUUGCUACUCAGUGGAGUAGGCGGCAGCGUUGAUGGAGAAGACGGUACAAUCCCAGAGGCGACCUCAUCUAUCAGAGAAUUACUCCAAGUUGGGGUGAAAACUUCCCGCAUUCCAGAAGUUCGAUGGCAUCGAGAAGGUGAAUCACAGUAGCUAACUCAACGCAAGGAGUGCAAACACUUCAAGUACUUCAGAAGUGUGAGUAAAGAGCAGGCGAAGGCCAGUAACCAGCUCGAUGCAUGAAGUACAACCUCGAGGAGGCGGGCGAAGUCAAGUAACCUUUGCCUUCUCAACUCUUAAGAGAAUGGGCGAAACCGAGUACCCCAAUUCUCUUAUCUAUCUAGCAGAGGAGCGCUGCACAAGUUCAAAGACCCUUCGAAGAUAAUGGAAGACAAUAGUUGUCAAAUCCUCACCAACGGUGAUCAGUGCUACUGAGAGUAGAUUAUCCGCCUCAUUUCCCAACGAAAUGCCAAUCGAAAGCGGAAGUGAUGCGAACCUACUUGGAUGUGACAACUAACUGAAAGAAGAGUCAAUGAGUAGAUUUUGUGGAGGAAGGACCCAAAACUUCAGAAGUUUGCGAGGCAAUGCUCGUUAAAGCUCCAACAAGCAUCCAUCCAGUUCAAGCAGCAUGUGGAAAUUUUGAGAGACUGACGCAGUAAAGAUGGUCUUUUCCUUCAUUUGGUGGAUCCGCAAGAAUCGACAAGGAUCAACACAACUCAGCCAACCCCACACUAGAGUCAGAGUCAUUGGUGAGUUGAAGCAGCAUGGCGGAUCAAAGAUUCGACUACUCAAAAACAGCAGCGGAGAGCAGCUGGGAGCCAGGAGGCGCAUUGCAGCUGGAGCGGAAGAUUGAAGACUCAACAAAGGCGAAGAGUUGCAAUGUUCACAAAGGCUUCGACGAGGACGUCGAAGGGAUAAGUGGGGAGAAUGUAACGGACAAACUUCUAGAACAAGAUGUUGGAUGUAAUGCUUAUGUCUGUCCGUUGUCUUUUGGCAUGUUUAUACCUUGUACAGCAGGUAGAGGGGCGGUCGAAGGCUAAAUAGUCCCAUGUUAGUUGGGUUGGUGGCCUCUUUAGGCAUGUAAAUAAAGGUUGUGUCAUGUGGACACGUGCGAGAGCUUUUCGGUCUGUAAUGGACCAUUUUACCCUUUGUUGUGCCACUGUUCAGAGCUUGUAAAGUCUGUUUGUAAUUUGCAUUGUCUAUGAAGUGUUUUUCGGACA